AUGGGUACAAAGACCGUUGAUCGCAAGGAUACCGGGCAUAAAGUAGAUGUGAUAAUAAGCUACUGCGAUCUUGAGUAUGGAUGUGCCGAAGCAGGUCUAAAAGGUGGAAGCACGUCCACGAAAUGGAUUAAUGAAUCCAAUAUCAAAGUACCACGACUCAUGAAAGACAUGCUCUGGCAAAUGCUGAAACCCAAUCCCACAGCUAUCAACAACGUCAUUGUUCCUGGCUUUGUUAUCAACAGGUUGAAUCUGAUGGUUGAAAUGAUGUCGAUUUCGAAGCAUUAUGUCUGUAUCGUGCAUAAGUUUGGUCCGAUGGCCUUCCCAGACCAGAUUGAAUCUUUUUAUAAGCAAUUGGUACCUCUGCUGGUAUUGACAUGGCAAACGAAAGCGGCCGUAAAAAAGACCUUAAAGGCCCUCAAGGAUGAUCAAACUGUUUUCAUCCCUACCCCUCAUACACCAACACCACCUUCCGUUAUACCACCUUGUCCACCAUCACCGCGACCAGUAAGCAAAGGCAAAAAGCGAAAAUCUCCCCAGGAAGAUCUCUAA